AUGUCAGAUCCUCAGAGUGAAGAGGCUUGGAGCUUCGAGGACGACUACCAAGUCGAGAGCGCAUAUGCGGGCCCCCUCAUCAAGGUGGUUGCCGGAUCGCCAGCACGGGCCUUUUACAUCCACAAGGGCUGCUUGACAGAGGCGAGUCCCUUCUUCAAAGCUUGCCUGUCGGCGGGGAUGAUCGAACAGCAAACGGACGAAAUCACUCUCCCGGACGACCCAUGCAGAGCCUUCGAGUUUCUGGCCGAGUGGGUCUACAGGCACGAGGUGUCGGCGAUCGAGACCCAGGAGCAAGCCACGUCCGCCGCCCAAGCCUGGACACUGGCGGACAAGUAUCGCAUCCCGGCCCUUCAGGAUGCCCUGAUGGAUGCGCUCCGGGGCUUUUGUCAAACCGACGUCCUGGACCUUCGGUUGCUGUCUUGGGCGGUGGAGAACACAAAAGCCACGAAUCCUCUCCGGGAAUUCAUCUACGAUCAGCUGGCUUACGAUUUGGUCAGCUGGCCCGACUUCUACGGGUGGAUCGAAUGCGACGAGUCAGAGUCCGGGCGCGCAGAAAGCGACACGGAGACGCUCAGGGACUUGCUGGCCAACCCAGAGAUCUCGGUCAAGUUGUUCUGGCACGCAUACAACGCGCCGAAUGAGCCGCAUGACAGCCCUGCAGAACUUGUCGGGUGUCAUUAUCAUGUUCAUGAAGAUGGUGGACCUUGCCCAGGGCGAGACUUGGAGACAUGACAGCUGAUCGAAAGCGGCCCGGUCUCGAGAAGUGUUUCAACGACGCACCCAAGUUUUGAAAGUGGUUACAUGUGCAAAAGAGCUGGAACACACGGUGCCAAAUCAAAUAUGCCAAAGCAACCAGUUAGGAUACCCUGUGUAGAUACAUCAGUCACCUACCUUGACAAAGGUGCCGCGUGACACAUCCGUGCACAGAGACAUCA